CGAAACAACCCGGGAAACUCUGUUAACUUGCAAUCAAUUGAAAUUGUGAAAUUUGUGAACAGCCUGCCCUGGGUCCGUCACGUCUGCUUUCAUUCAUUUCUUUCUUGUUUCCCGAGGGCCAAAUCGUUUGGUUAGCAGGCUGUGCACUGCACCGAAGUAUCCUUAGGACCCUUCUUCUGAUGACGACACCGUCGCCUGUGCUGCUGAAAAGCCACGUUCCACUGGUACAGUACGGAGUACCUCCUCGACCGCCUUUGGCGCGAACCCACACGCCCUGAAGCAGGGGGAGGCCGACGACAAUAACUCUUGCCCUUCACGCUCGAUCGACGCAGAGCAGGAAGAGUUCACCACCACACAGUGACCCAGAAUGAUUCGCUCAACACAAAUCGCGAGGCUAGACGGUCUCAUGCUCUGCGCCUCCGUAGACGAUUCCGAGACCGAACAAGCCCUCUCCGAAGUGAAGAGCCAAGUCAAACUGAUCCUGCGGCGCCUCGGCCGCAACUCGGAGCCGCAGGCGACGAUCGAGAGCGGCGCCUACGCGCUGCACUACCUCAUCUCCGCCGAUAUCGUGUACGUGGCCAUCACGGACCGCAGCUACCCGCGCAAGCUGGCCUUCACCUACCUGUCGGACCUGGCGGGCGAGUUCUCGACGACGUACCCGCCCCAGCAGCUGCUCAGCCCCGUGCUGCGCCCGUACGCCUUCAUGGAGUUCGACACCUUCAUCAGCCGGACCAAGGCCACCUACAGCGACGCCCGCGCCACCCAGAACCUCGACAAGCUCAACGACGAGCUGCGCGACGUGACAAAGGUCAUGACCAAGAACAUCGAGGACCUGCUCUACCGCGGCGACAGCCUGGAGCGCAUGGGCGAGCUGAGCAGCAGGUUGCGCGACGACACCAAGAAGUACAGAAAGGCUGCCGUCAAGAUCAAUUGGGACCUGAUGAUGAAGCAGUACGGACCGUUCGGCGUCCUGGGGCUCAUCAUGCUGAUCUUUAUAUGGUGGAGGUUCUUCUGAAAGCGGUUGGAGCUGGUGCGGAUAGGGCCCCCGGGUGGAAAAAAAGGGGGGGGGGGGG